AUGCACCAGCGUGGCGACUGCAGCCUGCGCCACGCAGUAGGGCCGGGCGCCGCAGCAGGCCUGCAGGUCAUUCUCAAGCCUGCGCGCCUCAGCGAGUUCCUGCCUCCACACCCCACAUUCCCUCCAGGUCUGCACAUCCAAGUACACAACCCUUUUGAAUUCCCAGACGGGCGCAACAAUUUGUUCGCUCAGGACCGGGUACCGAAAGUUGCUACCAUCAAGGUGUCACCUGCUUUCACCGAGAGUGGCGGUAGACGACUCAGACAGGUGCGGCCGUCGCUGCGAAACUGCUUCUUCAACGGCGAGGUGCCACUGACGGUGUACGGCGGCUACUCGCAAAGCACCUGCAUGCUCGAAUGCCGUCUGCAUCACACUGUCAAUGUCUGCAGCUGCGAACCCUACCUCUUCCGAACCAUGCGCAGUGAAGCACGCGUCAUGGGCGGAGUUGGAAGUAAACACUUGCUACAGUGUAUGCAGAGCUGCCUGCCCGCCUGCACGGGCAUCAUCUACGAUGUGGACUCGGUGUUCGCAGAGGCCGGCAAGCCGGUAGAGGACGGCGACCAGGGCUACAUGGCCAUCUACUACAGCCAGCGCGCAGCCGUCAAGUACGUGCGCACCCCGGCUGUGGACGAGCUGCAGCUGCUCGUAUCUCUGGGAGGUAUCGCCGGCCUGUUCCUGGGAGUGAGUCUGCUGAGCGUGGUGGAAGUGCUGUGCCUUGCCUUGAAGCUGCUGCUGGACCUGAUCGCCACUCAAGUGACAAUGAGACAGAGUGGCCAUCACAGUCCUGAGAGGAUUGUCAGGGAAACAACACAUGGUGGCAGCAUGGCCAAGCACCAGAGUGCGUACGGAGUCUUCAUGAGCUUCAGUAGCAGUGGUGGUGGCCAGCGAACAGCCAGCAGUGGGCAACAGCCCAGCACAACAUAG